AUGGCGAGAAUUAAGAACCAUAGCCUGACUGCACCUAUGCUGCAGGUACAAGGUAUGGAUUCUGGAUACCUUAGCAAACAACCAGGUGUAAUGGUUGCUAAUGCAUUAAUUGCGGGAAUCCACGUGGAACAAAAUAAUGGACGUUUGCCCAUUUCAUUGGUUAACAAUACUAACCAAACUAUAAGGUUAAACAAGGGUUGUUUAGUAGGAAAGGUGGAGCCUGUUGAACAUGAUGAGGUACAUGAUUUAACUCCACCCACUAAAAAUAUCUCAGAGGUUUCUAUUGGCAAUAAUAAUGUGUCAAAAGUGUAUACUAACAAUGACGACUGUUUUAAAGAUAUAGAUGUCCCAGACAUACAUAGAGAUCCGGUGUUACCGCUUGAUAAUAUUCUUAAGCCGAGACGUAAGUUCAUGGGUGAAGGUGAUUUCCAUCAGGUGGCAUUGGAGAAUCAAUACCGGCCAUUCCUCCAAGUACAUAAAUACAUGAAAAAAGCUAAGCAACGACAAGCCAAAUACGCUAACAAGAAUACUAAAAAUAUUGAUUUUAAGACAGGUGACCCAGUAUACUAUAAGAAUUUCUUACGUAAAAAUAAACUAGAAGACAGAUGGUCACCAUACCAUCGAAUAGUUGAACAAACCUCACCAGUCUCAUUCAAAAUUAGGAAUCAACUCACUAACAGAGUGAUAAAGGCUCAUGCUGAGCACUUAAGAUUAGCUAAUAUUGAUGAAUGGGACAUACCUAAAGACACAAAUAAAUUAAGAAAAGCCCAAUAUGUUGAACCUCCUUCAGAAUCUAGUUCAGAAGGUUCCGAUUCUGAGUAUUCAGAAGAUGACGAAUUGCCUCUUAGUGAACUAAUUAAGAAAUACCAUAGGGUACGAGGAAACUCGUCGAGUGAAGAUGACAUACCACUCAUGGAAAUGGCGCAACGAAUUAGAGUAGAAAAUGACAGCGCCAAUGAUGAUGAUGCUGGCAAUCCAGAUGAUGCCUCAUCAAAUGAUAUGGUGGUUGCCUAG